AUGGAUCCAUUCGAGGCAAAACUCGUUGCGGCCGCAGUGGGCUCGACCGUCACUGCUCUCACCAUGACCCCUUUCGACGUCGUCAAGACUCGAUUGCAAACCCAGCCCCCUCGACCCCGUCCGUCGGCUCCGCUGUUCCCCAACCCACCACAAAAUCAAUGUUGCCAACCAUCAGGAGCACCGUGCAUUCGCAACAUGUCCACUCUCGCCAGGUCUGCCGUCGAAGGCGAGGUGGUCUGUGUGUGGGAUCAUGGGGUGUAUAGGACAGAGCGCGUGAAUGGUUUCUUUGACGCGGUCAAGCACGUCUGGAAAGUAGAAGGACUCGCGGGUCUAUGGAAAGGAGCGGGAACUUCGCUUCUCAUUGGUGUUCCUGCGUCAACAUGCUAUAUGCUCACGUAUGAUCAUUUGCUCAAUACUACUCUCCCUCCGCUCCUCCCACAAGCCGUCGUCCCACUUUCCGCCGGUAUCGUUGCACGCACUGCCAUGACUUCCCUCCUCUCUCCCCUCGAGCUCGUCCGAACAAAUCUCCAGUCCACGCCAAUCUCCCCCGACAACCCUCACACGCUACGCUCCGUCCUCACCUCCGUUCGAAAUCUCGCCCGCGUCAAUGGCUGGCACUACCUCUGGCGCGGCGUCGGUCCCACGCUCUGGCGCGACGUGCCAUUCAGCGGCCUCUAUUGGGCGGGCUAUGAGCUGUGCAAGAGGCGAUUGGGACGGAUGGGCUACGAGGGCGCAGGGGUCGCGUUCGUCAGCGGCGCGGCCAGCGGCACCACCGCCGCGCUGCUGACCUCUCCAUUCGACGUUCUCAAGACCAGGCGGCAGGCGCUUCUGAUGGCGUCGUCGUCGACUCGGACGUCCAGUCUGGGACUCGCGGCCGAGAUCCUCCGAACCGAAGGUCCCGCAGCGCUGUACGCCGGGAUCGCGCCUCGAAUUACGAAGAUCGCUCCAGCUGCGGUAUCAUGA